AUGAAGUUCGGCCAAGAUUUCAAGGAAACGCUUGCCACUCAGGACUUCCCGUCCCACUGGGUUGAGCAUGCAAUUCCCUACGGCCAGCUUAAGAAGUGUUUGAAGAAGGUGUUGAAAGAACUCAAGGAUUUGGGGUUGGACCACGACACGCUUCAGUCUCUCAUCGACCCCGAGAAUCACUCGCCCGUCGCUCUCAAGUAUCGACUAAUUGCCUCCGAGAAUUCUGAUAUCGUCAGACCAACGCUUACGGUCGACGUCUACCUCGAAGACGAUAUUAUUGUCGAAGCCUCCCUGACACCGGCCUCCCGUCUAUUUUUCGAGAAGAUUGCUUCAGAAGUGCGACAUGGCCACCAAACUGACUCUGGCAGUACCUCUGGCAACUCAUCCGAUGCAGGGCAAGAUGACGACGUCUCCGGCCAAGACCAGAAUUCAGAAACUCAGCACAGGAAGCACCGCAGGCAUGAAACGAUCGAACUACCUCUCGUCUUCGACCACGAGUUCUUCGAGAUGCUCCAGAACGAUGUCAGCAACAUCGAUUCCCUCCAGGACACCGAGCGGCAGCAAAUGAGCGACGAGAUCAAGGCCCUCGGCGAGGACCUGGCGCAAAUCACAAAGCCUCGCAAGGUGCACAGGACGGAUAUGAUCCCCUGGCGCAACAUCUUCGAGCUGUACCUCGACGCCGAGGUGUUUUUCGCGACCCACGAGCAGGAGCACGGCGCCCGAUCCAGCCAGCUUGCGCUGAAGAAGCUGCAGUGGUUCCAGGCCGAGGUCAAGAAGCGGGAGCUGCAGAGGAUCUUCAAGAUCCCCCAGAGCCAAGUGGCUUACGACCGGUUCCUGCGGAUCAACGCCAACCUCCUCAAGAUGCUCCAGUUCCAGGAGAUCAACCAGCUUGCUGUCCACAAAAUCCUGAAGAAGUUUGACAAGCGAACGUCCUUUGGCAUUUCCAAAUCAUUCCGGUCCGCAAUCCAGUCCCACCAGUUCAUGACUGGCGCGAUCGGCAGGGACGUCUGCGCGCAGAUGUCCCAGCACCUCACCAACGUGGUGCCCCAGCUGAACGACUACCUGUGCCCGAUCUGCUUCAUGGUGGCAUACCGCCCCGUCAAGCUCGACUGCAGCCACAUCUUCUGCCUUCGCUGCAUCAUCAAGAUACAGCGCACCCGCGAGUCGCACUGCCCGCUCUGUAGAUCAGACGUGGUGAUGAAGGCCACGAUCAUGCACCUGGACGACGAUCUGGCAAAGUACAUGAAGAAACACUUUCCCACAGAAGUUUCGGACAAGGAGCGCCACAACCAAAUGGAGCGUGGGCUGGAAGACUACGGCCCGGGAUAUAAACAUCAAGAGUGCAGCGUAAUGUGA